AUGGCUGAGAAUCAUCAGCCUUCAAGCACACAUCGCAUGGCGAAGAGAAAAAACCCAUCUAACGUCGGGCGAGAACCCCCAUUGAAAUCAGAGAGCAGUGAUGAUGACGCCCCUUUGUCGAAGCGAAUUCGCGUAUGUCACAAGGGUGAUCCUACGAUCGGCCCUGGAAGAUCAGAAUCGGUCAAACGGAGACGCACGAAUAUUAAAAUCUCCCAGGAGCCCGACUCCGAUAUCCCUCUGGCAAAGGCGUCUACAAAAGGCAGUACAAAAGGUCGGCGUCGUUGGAAAUGCACACAUGAAACUCCUUCGAGUAGCUCAGGUCAAGGGAUGUCUCAGAUAAAGAAGGAAAAUGGUGUGGGGGGUAAGAAGUUGACAAAAGUCAAUGGUGACCACGAAAAGCUUGGAGCAGGCGGAGCGACGUCGAGGAUCACAAUCGGCGACACCUCAGCAGCAAGAAUUAAGAUCGAUCCAACGUGUACGGUAAACUGCGAUGGUCUCUUGGGAAAUCCCCUAAUUGACUAA